GAAAGCCAUUUUUUCCCACAAGAAGCAUAAAUUUCAAUGGCAGUACUCUCUCACUCUCUAAACCCUUGACACCAAAUUCCAUUUUGAUUUCUUCAAUCGCCAUUCAUUCGCAGCCACGCCUCCGGAAAUUGAAUCCGAAUCAGUUCAAUUUCUGCUCUUGAUUAUUAUAUUCUUUCUCCGAUUCCAUUCCCAAGGAACCAAAUCACUCAUCUUCUCCAUUUCCAUCCUAAAUUCCAUCGUUUUAAGCUCCGUUGGUCUCAGUUUCCCUCACAGCGAGAAACCCAAUGGCCUCACUUCAGUCCUUCAUCGGUUGCUCCUGUUCUUCCCAUCCCGGUUCAGUCCUGUUUCGUGCUCCCAUCAAUGGCUGGAGAGUUCGCGCCUGCCUUGGCGUCGAGGUGCAGGGACCCAGCUCGACGAAGCACCGAAAGGGGGAAAUCGGUUUAUCGAGCGAGGAGGUGAUCGAUUUGGACCGUAAGGUUCUGGUCGGAACCUAUGCUCGAGCGCCGGUUGUUCUUUCCAGCGGCAAGGGCUGUAAACUGUAUGAUCUCGAAGGGCGAGAGUAUUUGGAUAUGGCGGCCGGGAUUGCUGUGAAUUCCCUAGGUCACGGUGAUCCCGAUUGGCUGCGGGCGGUGAUUGAGCAGGCGAAUACCGUCUCUCACGUUAGCAACAUCUUUUAUUCCAUCCCUCAGGUGGAACUUGCAAAACGCCUUGUGGCAAAAUCGUUUGCGGAUCGUGUGUUUUUCACCAACUCUGGCACGGAAGCAAAUGAAGCGGCCAUCAAAUUUUCCAGGAAGUUUCAGAGAUUUUCUCAUCCAGAUGCCAAACAACCUCCUGUGGAGUUCAUUGCUUUCUCCAAUUGUUUCCAUGGCAGGACAAUGGGUGCUCUUGCCUUAACGAGUAAAGAGCAUUACAGGGCCCCUUUCGAGCCCGUUAUGCCGGGUGUUACUUUCUUACCAUACGGGGAUAUUGAGGCUGCAAGAAACUUGAUUCUUCAAGGAAAAAUUGCAGCGGUUUUCGUCGAACCCCUCCAGGGUGAAGGUGGCAUUCACAGUGCCACAAAGGAGUUCUUGCUUUCCUUGAGAAGUGCUUGCGAUGAGGCUGGAUCUCUUCUAGUCUUCGAUGAGGUUCAAUGUGGGUUGGGUAGAACUGGUCAUCUAUGGGCACAUGAAACCUAUGGUUUAUUUCCAGAUAUAAUGACCCUUGCCAAGCCUCUAGCCGGAGGUCUCCCGAUUGGGGCUGUACUAGUGACCGAAAGAAUCGCUGCUGCAAUAAACUAUGGAGACCAUGGAAGCACUUUUGCAGGCUCGCCCCUCGUCUGCAAUGCUGCAAUCGCUGUCCUAGACAAGAUCUCAGAUCCCGGGUUCUUGCUCAGCGUCUCCCACAAAGGCGAGUACAUGAAAAAUUUGCUGAGGAAAAAGCUGGGAAGAAACUCACAUGUCAAAGAAGUGAGAGGGCAAGGGCUUAUUCUGGGGAUAGAACUGGAUGUGCCUGCAGGCCCUCUCGUAGACGCCUGUCGAAACUGCGGUCUGUUGAUAUUAACCGCGGGUAAGGGGAACGUUGUUCGGUUGGUGCCGCCAUUGAUCAUCACAGAGCAAGAACUGGAGCAUGCUGCUAAUGUUCUGCUGGAUUGCAUCUCUGUACUUGGCUGAUCUAAAAUUAUACCAGAUGACAAUUCUUACCAAGUCUUGUAUGUACUGUAAUGAUUUGAAGUAAACUUUUAUCUUGUCCAUUUGGUGGUCUCAAAAGGAGGGGAAAAAGAAGAAGCUUUUGCAAGUACUCUGUUUGUGUUACCCUUUGAAAUGAUUAGUGUUAGUUUUAAAGUCUACUUUAAUAAAAUAUCCUUAUCUAUCAUUGUAUAAA